AUGGUGAACAUCGCUAUUGCUGGAGGAACUGGCGGCGUUGGGCGUAGCAUUGUGGAUGCACUUAAAAAUGAUCCGAGACACUCCACUAUUAUCCUCUCUCGUACGGGAGCGGCAGAAGAUAAAGCUAGAGUCCCUGUUGUGGUAGUUGAUUACGACGACAGAACGUCCCUGCAGACGACCUUGGAAACCCACGAGAUCCACACCGUGAUAUUAGCUCUAGCCCUCCACAUCAUUGGGGUUGGCCAGGCACAAAUCAACCUCAUUCAAGCAGCCGACAAGAGCAAUUGGACGUAG